CGGCGGAGGCCUCAACAUGGCUGCGGCGCCGGGGCUGCUCUUCUGGCUGCUGGUGCUCGGGUCGCCCUGGCGAGUCCGGGGCCAGUCGGACCCCGGCCCGGGCCGGCGCUUCUCGGAGCUCAAAGUCUGCGCAGACCAGGACUGCAGCAUGUUGAUGUACCGGGGUGAGGCUCUUGGAGACUUCAUGGGUCCUGACUGUCGUUUUGUGAAUUUUAAAAAAGGUGACCCUGUAUAUGUCUACUACAAACUGGCAGGGGGAUCCCCUGAAGUUUGGGCUGGAAGUGUUGGACAUAUCUUUGGAUAUUUUCCAAAAGAUUUAAUCAAGGUACUUCAUAAAUACACUAAAGAAGAACUACAAGUUCCAACAGAUGAGACAGAUUUUGUCUGUUUCGAAGGAGGAAAAGACGAUUUUGAUAAUUAUAAUAUAGAAGAACUUUUAGGGUCUUUGGAACUGUAUGAUUCUGCACCUGAAGGGUCUGGCAAACCUGAAGAAAAUGUUCCUCAGUAUGCAGAAAAACAUCAUGAAGUGUCUAAGGAGACUGAACUUAAACCUGAGCCAGUUAAAGCCGACUCAGGAGAAAGUGCAUUUUCAGAAAGUGCUGAGGAACUGCAGGGAGAGUUUUCAGCUCAGAAGAGCCACCCUCAUGCCAGUAGUCGAACAGAUAGUGUGCAGGGAGCAGAGUCUUCACUGGACACCUUUGAAGAAAUGCUGCAUGAUAAAUUAAAAGUGCCAGAAACUGAAAACAAAACCAGCAAUAGUUCUCAGGUCCCAAACGAACAGGAAAAGAUAGACGCCCAUAAACUUCUGAAGACAGACGUGUCUCUAGGCUUGAAAACCAAGUUCGGCUCAACCACUGAUGCGCUUGUAUCCGACGAUGAGUCAACCAGACUGGUCACUUCAUUAGAAGAUGAUUUUGAUGAAGAAUUGGAUGCUGAGUAUUAUGCAGUGGAGGACGGAGAAGAGGAGAACACAGACAAUUUGGAUGAGCUGCCAUUACUAACCUUCACAGAUGGAGAAGAUAAGAAAGCUCCUGAGGCGUAUGAGGUAGAGAAAGAUUCACUAGAUAAGGCACUGGACUUAAGUGAAGAGGGGAAGGUUGAACCCACUCUGCCUCCUGGCGUCCAAAGUGAUGGUAAAGAUAGAGUGACAACCUGGGGGGACACCUUCUUCUCUGUUAUCACAGGAGGUGAAGAAAAACCAGGAAUGUCAGAGUUAGAGAGUUCUAAUUCAGAGGACAAAAAGGAAGAGGAGAAUGUAUUAGUCCUAGAUAACAAAGAGAGGAAGCCACUGUCAGCAACAGAUUAUGCUAACCAUGAAGGUGCAGAAGAUUCUAAAGCAAAUGAUGAAAAAGACUCAGAAAUGGACCCAGACCUUCUUCUUAAAGGAAAAGAGAAGGAAAUACAGGAAUCUAAGAGGGGCCUGGUACAAAAUGAGUCAGAAUUAGAGAAUGGGAAGCCAGAAAUGGUGAGCACAUAUAGUUCUCAAAGUAAGAUCAACUCCCUGCCAGCCGCCAAGAAGGGCAAAGAAUCAACAUUAAAAGAAGUCUUUGAAAAAAAAAACGAUCUAAAAGAACCAGUUAUUCACAUCUCAAAGGAAACACACCAUGAAGAAAACACUGCAGAGAUUUUGGAAAAUGACUUAGAGAGUGACUCAGUACCCAGGGCUGUGGGGAGUCCAGUGACUGAAGAAAAGAGUGAACAAGAAUCCUUGGGUGUCGCACCACCCCUAGCAGAUAAUCAGCCUAACACAUCCAAAGACAGUAUGGCGGGGACAGAUGCUUUGGCCCAUGAACCAAAAACAGAUAAGCAGGAGAAAAUUCGAGAACCAGAUCUUAAAACUCAAAAUCAACCUAGAUUCCCUCCUCCAGAGGAAGCUGGUUUAUCAACAGAACUGGAAGAAAAAGCUCCUACCCUGGGAAGAAAUCUUCCUUGGCAGCAAGAAAGAGAUGCUGCUGCUGUACUUCACAGGCACGAGCAGAUGGGGCUUUCUAAGGAAGAGGGCAAAGAGGACUCCGCAAAUGCAGAACUCGCUCACCCCAAGGCCAUACAGGGGACACAGGAAGCUGGUAACCUGGAAGUGCCCAAUGUCCGUACGUUAGACGCAGAGGCAGACGAGGGUGAUUACCCCCCUGAGGAUCUACUGGAAGAUGAAAAUGCUCUAAGUGCACAGCAGUCUAGAGAAAACCACCCUGGGGUCCAGGAGAAGAGGUCAGACACGAAUCCUCAAGUUUCUGAAAAAGUAAUUUUGGGGUCCCUUAAUCCUGACAGUGAAGGAAACAAACAGGAAGCUAGUAUGAUUCUGGAGACUGAAAAAAAGAGUGAGACUGCCCAAGGGGUAGAUGGGCAGGACAGAGAGCCAAGCAGGGGGAUGGUGGGCCAAGAAGAAAGCCCUCCAGUGGAUGCAAGAGCCCAGGGGCCUUUUGAAGUGGGUGGCUUUCCUGAGGAGACAGUAGCUCAGACUCCAGGGUCCAGGGAAGUGGUUCAGGGUAACAACCCUGAGGAACUAGUGAGCACCUCGGGACUUGUAGAGAAGCCUGGAGGAAAGGAAAACUCAGAAGAGGAAGCUGAGGAUGCAGAGAUGCUCAGGGGCCCAGAAGGCCAGGGGCCCACCUCCCAAGACCUUGAAGGUGACCUGUUCCACCAGACUCCACCUACAAUUCCUGACAUAGUGCUUAAAAGCAUAAGGGAAGACUUGCCCAUCAUAAGCAGUUUCUUUGAAGACCAGCAGGCCCUGCACAGGUUCCUGAAAUACUUCGACGUCCACGAGCUGGAAGCCAUGCUGCAAGACAUGUCAGUAAGGCUGAAAUCAGCACAGAGGGACAGUCUGCCAUACAACGUGGAGAAAGUCCUAGAUAAGGUCUUCCGUUCCUCUGAGUCACGGAUUCUAAGUGUAGCAGAGAGAAUGCUUGAUACUCAAGUGACCAAAAAUAGAGAUCUGGGAAUAAAAGAGAGUAAUGUGUUGGAAGAGGCCGCUGUGCUGGAUGACAUCCAAGACCUGAUCUAUUUUGUCAGGUACCAACACCCUGGAGUAGAGACUGCCCCACUCAUCACACCCCCACCUCUGGAGGAAGACUGGGCUGGACCAGCAGAAGAGGUGAGGCCACCCCAGGAAGACAAGUUCCCACAAGAAAAUACAGGAGAUCUUACCAUGCCACUUCCUGAAGAGCCUGUGACAAGGGACAUGGCUGCCUCAGAGGUGUCACAGAAGCCAAAUACUGACAAUGACAUAGACCCAGGUCUGCUUGUAACUGAAAGUUCUCCUGUUGGUGCUGCCGAUGACCAAAAGCAGCAAGAGAUGCGUGGAGAGGAGCCAGCAAAUGCCCCACCAGUGAAAGAUGCAAUGGGUUUGCUGCAUUCAUUCACUCUUUAUUUAAGUAAGAUGCUCAUUGCUACGUUGCCUGAUGGCGUUCAGCCUGGCCCUGAUUUCUAUGGAUUACCGUGGCAGCCUGUGGUCAUCACUGCAGUCUUGGGAGCUGUUUCGUUUGCAGUUUUCUCCUGGAGAACUAUUCUUGUUGUAAAGAGUAGAGUAUAUCAAGUCACAGAGAAGCAAAUUUCUGAAAAGUUGGAGAAUAUCAAGAAAGAAAAUGCAGAACUUGCACAAAAAUUGUCAAAUUAUGAACAAAAGAUCAAGGAAUCAAAGAAAUAUGUUCAAGAAACCAAGAAACAAAAUGUGAUUUUGUCUGAUGAAGCUAUUAAAUACAAGGAUAAAAUCAAGACACUUGAAGAAACUAAUGAAAUUCUGGGUGACAAAGCCAAAAGUCUCCGCCUCCUGUUAGACUCUGAAAGAGAGCAGAAUAUCAAGAAUCAGGACUUGAUACUGGAAAACAAGCAAUCUAUAGAGAAGUUAAAGGAUGUUAUUUCAAUGAAUGCAUCAGAACUUUCAGAGGUUCAGAUUGCCCUUAAUGAAGCCAAGCUCAGGGAGGAGAAUGUAAAGUCUGAAUGCCAUCGGGUUCAAGAAGAAAAUACUAGGCUCAAGAAGAAGAAGGAGCAGUUGCAGCAGCAGAUUGAAGAAUGGAGUAAAUCUCAUGCUGAGCUCAAUGAACAAAUCAAGUCAUUUGAGAGGGCCCAGAAAGACUUAGAAGUGGCACUUACUCACAAAGAUGACAAUAUUAAUGCCUUGACUAAUUGCAUUACACAGUUGAAUCGGUUAGAAUGUGAGCUUGAAUCUGAGGAUCAAAAUAAAGGACAGUCAGAUGAAUUAGCCAAUGGAGAAGUGGGAGGUGAGCGGAGUGAGAAGAUAAAAAGCCAAAUUAAGCAGAUGAUGGACGUGUCUCGGACACAAACUGCAGUCUCAGUAGUUGAAGAGGAUCUAAAACUUUUACAACUUAAGCUAAGAGCCUCGAUGUCCACAAAAUGUAACCUGGAAGACCAAAUCAAAAAGCUAGAAGAUGACCGAGACUCACUGCAGACCGCUAAGGCUGGGCUAGAAGACGAGUGCAGAACACUGAGGCAGAAAGUGGAGAUUCUCAAUGAGCUCUACCAGCAGAAGGAGAUGGCUCUGCAAAAGAAACUGAGUCAAGAAGAGUAUGAGCGGCAAGACCGAGAGCAGCGGCUGUCGGCUGCAGAUGAAAAGGUGGUUUUGGCUGCAGAGGAAGUGAAAACCUACAAACGGAGAAUAGAAGAAAUGGAAGAAGAAUUACAGAAAACAGAACGCUCAUUUAAAAACCAGAUUGCUGCUCAUGAGAAGAAAGCUCAUGACAACUGGCUCAAAGCUCGUGCUGCAGAAAGAGCUAUAGCAGAAGAGAAAAGGGAAGCUGCUAACCUAAGACACAAGUUACUGGAAAUGACCCAAAAGAUGGCAAUGCGCCAAGAGGAACCUGUGAUCAUAAAACCAAUGCCAGGAAGACCAAAUGCACAAAAUCCUCUCCGGAGAGGUCCACUAAGCCAGAAUGGCUCUUUUGGCCCAUCCCCUGUGAGUGGUGGAGAAUGCUCCCCUCCCCUACCAGCAGAGCCACCCGGGAGACCGCUCUCUGCCACACUCAGUCGGAGAGAUGUGCCCAGAAGUGAAUUUGGGUCACUGGAUAGGCAUUUACCUCGCCCUCGAUGGUCUUCUGAGGCAUCUGGGAAACACUCUGCCUCUGACCCAGGUCCAGCUCCUGUGAUGAACAGCAGCUCCAGAAGCUCUUCCCCAGCUAAGGUGAUGGAUGAGGGCAAGCACACUGUUCCCCAAGAGCCUGAAGGCCCCUCAGUUUCCAACAUGGCCCCUUUGGCUGAGCAUCCAGUGGCAGUUAAUAUGGCUCCCAAAGGGCCCCCUCCUCCGUUUCCAGGGGUGCCUCUCUUGGGUGCUCCUUUGGGAGGUCCUGUACCACCACCCAUUCGAUACGGACCACCUCCUCAGUUACGUGGGCCUUUCCCGCCUCGGCCACUUCCUCCAUUUGUUCCUGGUAUGCGUCCACCACUAGGUGUAAGAGAAUAUGCACCAGGUGUUCUGCCUGGCAUACGGGACCUGCCUGUUGAUCCUCGGGAAUUUUUACCAGGACACACACCAUUUAGACCUCCAGGUUCAUUUGGUCCAAGAGAGUACUUUAAUCCUGGUACCCGAUUACCACCACCUCCCCACCUGCCACCACCUGCUGCAAGAGACUCAUUGCCUUCAGGACCCAGGGAUGAGCCACCACCUGCCUCUCUGAGCAGUAGCCAGGAUGGUUCACAGGCUUCAAAACCCAGCCCUUAACUGGCACUGAGUCAGAGAGGAAGCAGACUGUGCACUAUUCAUUACAGCAAAGGAUUUCAUUGGCUUCAAAAUCCAAGUUUGUUUUACCAGGUUUGUUUUCAGUACUAAGCUGCCUUGGCAGUAUGCAUUUUUAAGCCAAACAAUACAAAUCAUUUUCCCUUCUAAGUAAAAAAAAUCACCUCUUAAGCUAGAAUAUCCUUCCAACUUUGAAAUGUGCAAUAAAAAAUACCUGUGUUUUAGUCAAUGUAGCAUAUGUAAUUGCUAAAUGAUUUAGAAUGUCAUAAAAAUAUGAACAUUUCCUGUGGAAAUGCUUUAAGAACAUGUAUUUCCAUUACCUUGUUUUUCGUGUAUACCAGUUGAAUACAGAGCAAUGGUGUUUACAAGCUUGAUCUUUGUUUUCUUCCUAUAUCUGGUCGCAAAGACUGUUACGCUAAAAAUGUUUACUUAAGGAUCAUAAAUUUUAUCUCCCCUGUUGCUAAAGUUCUUUGUAGUAAUAGUUCAUAAAAUUUGUUUAUUAAUAUUU